UUUUUUUUUUACAGUGAAGGCAUUCUUUCAGGAUGGCGCCAGGCAGCUCAAUGCUUGCAGACAGCUGGGGCACGACGCAACUUAAGGAGGGUCUGUCAGUGUCAUCAGUGGGGGAGGGGCCUGCCCUGCUCGCCCUAAUUGAAUAUUGUGGGCCAGGAGAGAUGACCAAGGACUGCUGCAAGGAUUUCUCUUUCACAGACCCUGCAAGAGUCUCACCAAUAGGGGCUGUUCUUUUAGGUGCUGCGCAAAGCACUGACACAGGCAGCCUCUGCGACGCCACUGGACGUGACGUCAUCUCCAGAGUAAACAGCCAGGAAAUGAACCCUCUCAGCAAGCAGAGCAGAGCGCGCAGGCUGUUCUGGAGAGGAAAUGCGCGCGCCCUUUUCCAGGUCUCCAUGGGAACAUUUGAUAUUCAGAGCAUGACCACAGCAAUAACUGCCACAUCCAUCUUAUGCAAUGAGGAUACCCAGAGAGCAUGUCUCACUCAAGCAAACCUGAGACUGAACCUGGAUGGAAACUGCUGUACCGCCUCACAUCGAACAAUCUCACCGCCAUUGUCGAGCUGUCAACGGACUCAUGUAAUUAUCCUCUUGAAAAGUAUCGCGCUCCAUUAUCCACCAAGUAGGCGAUGCUUUAGAGGUGUUCCGAGGCAACACAUGACGGUAAAGCUGUCCAAACAGCCGCGAGGCGCAGAUCCAGGGUGAACCAGAGGACACCGCCUCGGGCAGCGGGCCUCGCCCGGCACUCUCUCUACGCGCUGGAGCUACUUCACUCCAGUCACCACUGGAAUACAUUAUUAUUAUCUUGAUGAAGACGGAGAAGAAAAAAAUUAAAAAGCGAAGGAGAGAGAAACGCAGUCUGACUUCCAUGUGUGUGUUACAGGAUAAUUGAAAUGUAAUCAACGAACAUCUAUUUAUUAUUAUUACUAUUAAUAAUGAUGAAUAAUAAUAAUAAUAAUAAUAACAAUGCUUUUGAUAUAUGCUGAAAUAGAGAAACAAUUACACCGAA